CAAGCACCCACAGAGCCACGGAGCAGCCGGGGAGCCGAGAGGGGGGAAAGGAGCCGGGCGCCGAGGCCACCUGACUUGCCCCGCGCCGCCUGUGCACAUUCCAAAAGCAGCCCGUUCCUAAUAAAGAAGCGAUGGGGAUCCGGCACCAUCUCGCGCGCCUUCGCCUCUCCCUAUAAAUACUCUCCCUGCAAAGAAAACAAGCUUCGGUUGCUUCUGUCCUGCCCGGCCCAGACUCGGGCUGACCGGCAAAAAAAAACCCAAAGCAAACCUAACCAAAGCAAACCAAAUAAAGAGAGCGAGAGAGCGCCGUCGCCGCCGCUGUGGGAGGAAAGAGAAGCCAAAGCAACUGCAGCCCGAGAGCCUGAGGCGAGGAGCGCCCCUCCUGCACACGAGCUGAACCGGCGAGAUGCCCCGAGUAGAUGCCGAUCUCAAACUGGACUUUAAAGAUGUCUUGCUUAGACCUAAGCGAAGCAGCCUCAAAAGCAGAGCAGAGGUGGAUCUUAUGCGUACUUUCACAUUCCGUAAUUCUAAGCAAACCUACACUGGGAUCCCCAUUAUAGUAGCAAAUAUGGACACCGUAGGCACUUUUGAAAUGGCACAGGUUAUGACUAAAUAUGCAAUGUUCACUGCAAUUCACAAGCAUUACUCUCUGGAACAGUGGGAACUGUUUGCAAGCAAUCACCCAGAAUGCCUAGAGCAUGUAGCUGUGAGCUCAGGCAGUGGCAUGCCCGACUUUGAGAAGAUGAGCAGAAUCCUAGAGGCCAUUCCCCUUAUCAAGUACAUUUGCCUGGAUGUGGCCAAUGGUUAUUCAGAAUACUUUGUGGAGUUUGUGAAAGCUGUCCGCAUCAGAUUCCCCAACCACACAAUCAUGGCAGGUAAUGUGGUGACUGGAGAGAUGGUGGAGGAACUUAUUCUAUCCGGAGCAGACAUUAUCAAAGUUGGAAUUGGACCAGGAUCUGUGUGCACCACUCGGAUAAAAACUGGUGUGGGUUAUCCACAGCUGAGCGCAGUGAUUGAAUGUUCAGAUUCUGCUCAUGGAUUGAAGGGGCAUAUAAUAUCCGAUGGAGGAUGCUGCUGUCCAGGAGAUGUUGCCAAGGCUUUUGGAGCUGGUGCUGAUUUUGUGAUGCUCGGGGGCAUGUUUGCAGGACACGACCAAUGUGCUGGAGAGAUUAUUGAAAAAAACGGCAAGAAGGUGAAGCUCUUCUAUGGAAUGAGCUCUGACACAGCCAUGAAGAAACACGUGGGAGCUGUUGCAGACUACAGAGCUUCAGAGGGCAAAACGGUGGAGGUGCCUUACAGAGGGGACGUGGAGGAUACCAUUCGUGACAUCCUGGGCGGCCUACGAUCUACCUGCACCUACGUGGGAGCUGCCAAACUCAAAGAGCUUAGUCGAAGGACAACUUUCAUUCGGGUAACUCAGCAGCACAACACAGCUUAUUAGCCAAAGGAAAAAGCUGUGGGGCUCUGAAACGUGCUGUCUGCUUCUCCCCCUCUUCCUUUUUUUUGGGGGGGGCAAUAUGGCUUCUUGCUGGCAUACUUCAAGCUAGAAGAGGAAGCAGGUUGAUUCCCCCCCCAAAGUUUGUUGUAGUGGUGGGGUUAAGCCUAAGGAGGUGAAGCCAUACACUUCAGCUAUGCCCAUGAUGAUUUAUUCUUUGUUCAAAAUACAGUAGCACUCUAUUUUAUAGCCUUGUCUAUUUAAAUGAGAAAUCUAGUUUGAUCUAGUCAGAUCUUCAUUCUGUUGGAACAAUUCCUGUUACCAAUAUGAGCAAACCCACCCAAGCUUUUUACCAGUUUCUUCUGCUCCUUCAACAUGGUGCAGAAGUCAGAAAAGCCAGGAGAGCAACUGUGAAAACUAGAAGGUGCUCAUUGCUGGGGUGUGGCCCUAGCAUGCCAACCUUCAGCCAACACCUCUAGAACUAAAACUAAAACUAAAAAAUAAAUAAAUAAAUGCUGCUUUAUUUUCUCUGUGACAUUAAGUACUUGAUUUUUAAUGUGUGCUGAUAUAUUCAUGUUCUUAAAAUGGUUGAUUAUAGUUAAUUUUAUUGCAAUGCUUUGCUGGCAGAGACAUUCAAACAAAGGAAAUGGACAUCUCUUUUAUAUUCAUGUAGAAUAUUUCCAAGAUAAUGGUGGUUGCUAUAUUUCUCAGAUUCCUUUAGUUAAGGACAGAGGACAAACAUCGGCUUCAUAUAUAUUUUUUGGUUCCUGCUGUUCAAGACCUGUUCAAGAUCAAGUGUUUCCAGACACUACAAAAUACUUGUAGGGAAGUUGCAAGUGGAGUUCUGUAGUUUUAGGCACCAGUCAAGGCCAUAGAUCUUCGGCCCCACUGCUCCUUGUAACCAAGGCCUUUCAGAUAAGGGGCAGUGUGGUCAUGACCUUCAGUCUGCAACUACAUUUGUCAAAAUGUCUAUCACUGUGGUUGUUUGGGGGAGGCAGGGCCAGAAAUGUGGAAACUUAUCCAAAUGCAAUAGGGAUUUCAUUAUCAGAAAUGCUAUGAAUCUGAACAAACCUAGUCACGUGACUGCCAGUUCACUGGCUAAGGUUUUUUUUUUUGGUCAUGCAGGCCUUCUGCGACUUCCUUUUCCUCCAUUAUAAGUGAUGGCUGCCUGCCUCUUAACAUUAAAGUGCUGGACAGUGAAAUUACCAAGUCCCAUGGUGCAUCUGCUUCACUUUCUUACAUGAACGACUGCAUUCAUAGAUAGAUAUAAGGAUUACCUGUUAUGACACUGUUAAGACUGGGGGCAAAACCUGCCUUCCCUCCUGCAUUGGACAGGGAGCUCAGAGGCGUCUCUGAGUUUUUGUAACCCACUCCCUCCCUUGGAGUCAUUAGCAGCCUUCCUUUGAAAAGCCAGUUUAACCUGGGGUGGGUUUAUAUGGGUUUAAAGCCGAAAUAAAUAAACCUAACCUAACCUGGGGUGGGUGGAAAUGUGGCAGGAGUGUAGGAGUAUGCCAAUGAAGAAAUGUAAUCUACUCAUUUCCUGAUUAUUUUACUUGCAUAGAUGAUCUAAUAAGUAAAGAGACAAUUGAGCAUACAAAUGUACACACUAAUUUCUGAACUGGAACAGUGUUUUAAAACCACAGCAGAAAAAGAUAGCAGCCUAAUUUACUAGCAGGUUUGAAUUUUCUGGGAUAUUGAAAGCCACAGCAUCACAUCUCUGUUGUACUUUUAAAGUACUCAAUCCCAUCCUGGAAGACACUGCAACCAACUAUAUUGAAGGUGUGUGGUCUAAUUAUAUAUUACAUUUUAGGAACUUGAACUGGAUUUUUUAAAAAAAUGUCUCUUCAUUCUCUCCAGUAUUACCUUAUCUUCUAAUCUUGAGACUUAAAGGUGCAGACAAAUGGUCCUUCAGCAGUUAAGAUAGAAAAAUUCAUAUUGCAACAGGUCCUUCCCUGUCAGCCCUAUGGACUUGGCUGCCGUUAAGUCUUUGAUAUAAUAACUGGAAUAACAAAAUUGACAGCUUUACAUGUGUGCUACACGGAACUUGACAGUGGAUAUGCGUAGUUGCCGGGCAUUCACAACUAUGACAUUUCCAAAGCUGAACACAUGCAAGUGAUCUGAAAGCGCAGUGGAAGUUAUUUUUUUAAGGAAUGGUUUUUAAACAUCAAAACUGAAAUCUUGAACCCACACUCACUGAAAAGUAAGUUCCACUGAGUACAGUGGGGCUUGCUUGUGAGUAGUCAUUCAUUGAUUGUGUUUUGAAGAAUUAAUUUUCUCCUUUGGGUUGAAUUUAAAUAUAAAACAGGAAUAUGAUUCUUUUAAACAUGCAUUCCCUAUUUGAAACAAACUAUUCCUAACUUUCCCCCUAGAACAGAAUUACCUUUCCAAUUGCAUGGCAAAGCUUUGCAACACUUGAUACGUUUGGAUUUGGUUAUGUUUCCACCAUCUUUCUAAAAGUGUUAAAUGACUGCAGAAUGGAAAUUAGGUACACCUGCUCCCACCCUCAAAUUACCUGGACAUCUCUCAUGACCUUGCAAUGCAAUGGUAUUUUAAAACCAUCAUACCUGCUUAAGACACUUCUGGUUUCACAUGGAAGAGAACCAACAAGAGCAGCUGAAAUGAUCUUCUUAAAAAAAUUAUUUAAACCUAAUUGAAUAGCAUGUGGUGAGAUUGUACUAGAUGCCUGUGCAAGCAGAGAAUGGAUGCCUUACAAAUAAUGCAUAUAUAUGUGUUAGAAGUGUGCAGAUACUUUUUAAAUCAAUGUAGAGUAUUGUGCAGACAGGAAAAGCCACACCAGGGAGGCCAGUUCUUACAUUAUUGCAGUGGUGAGAGAAGCACUUGCCUUAAGACAUUGCCCUAUCACUCAUCAUAACCUAAGACAGGGAGAAGUUUCUGCUAGUAAUCUUUGGUAUUGUUGAAGACUCUACCUCCCAUCAUCCCUGGCCACUGCCAUUGUUGAUUGGGGUUGAGGCCCAACAUCUGGAGGUUUUGAAUCCCUGUUUAGCAAGCACCAGCCUAGACCCCACCUGAGGAUAUAUUAUUGCAGUAUUAUGUGGGUGGUUCCCCUUACCUUAUGAGCAGACCCCUAGCGAAGUUAACUGUGUCUUGCCUUCCUUCUUGGCAUGGCAGCAGCAAAUCCACACUGCACAGAAAGGUCCUGCCGGAUGUCAAACUUGAAGCUCUGUGCUCUGCCAGUGACCCUAUUGUUAUAAACAUCCUAAAGGAAAUUGAACAAUACAGCCCAACAAUAUCUGCAGUCCCCUCCCUUUACCUCCAUUCAUCCUUGAUUUGAGGAAAGCAAGUCCUCAAGGUACAUACAAUUUGGAUGCAGCCACUGAAAUCACACACAACCAGAUAAAAUGUUAAAGUAUCAUAAUUUUAAGGAUGCAUGAAUACAAAGAUAAUUAAUGGAACAGAAUGAGCUCUAAAUGAAUUCAGAAUGCGCAAUCAUACUAUGCAUGCAUUUUAUAUAUGACUAAAGUUCCAGUUUUUCUUUGAAUUUGGGUGUGUGGCAGGGGACUGGACAAUAGAAUUGAACUGAUUUAUAGAAAACAAUGGCAAUUAUAUGCAAUAUGCAUCAACUUCUGUGUAUAUUUUAUUAUGGAAAAAAUAAAUAUGUUUUAUUCUUUUUUAAAAAACAAAACAAAACACCUCCUUGUCACAAAGAUGAACCUCAGGGUAAACUUUCAUAUGGACAAACUGCUAUUUAAAAAACGAAACAAACUGUCCCACCUCCUUCUUAAUUCAUACACAACAAAGAACACUUAUUUGCAAUUGGCACUGUUAUUUUUAUUAGUACGAGUAUACUGAAACAAUAAACUUGUACUGGUAUACAGACAAUUUCUUUAAAACAAUUUUGUUCAAAUUUUGAAUCAAACAUUGUUUUAUUAUAAUAAUGAAAUAAUUUCUACCUAGAAAACCUGCAAGCACCAUCAAAGAAAGGGACCAUAAAAUUCAAUAAACAGACGCGAGUGUAUCCUACAAAUAGACACACCACGAUUAGAAAAUAGAAUAUGAAUUCUUCCAUUUUUUUAUAUUUGUUUUAAAAAAGCUAGUGCAAGUACAAUAUUUUACACUGGAAUUACAGAGAGUAUGCACGCAUAUGGAAAAAGGUUCUCUUGUCACAAUAAAAGCUCUUACCUA